GGAAAUUACUAUCCUGAAUGGCUGCCCUUAGGAGAAAGCUAACCGUAGUUGGAGAUGACCGCUGUGGGAAGACAUGCUUCAUCUCUGCUCUGUGUCACAAACAGCUUCCCAAGUACUACGAACCAACUCUGUUUGACAGUUACACCACUGACAUGGAGGCAGAUGGAAAAGAGAUGAAACUGUUUCUCCUCGAUGUGACAGGGAAAAAUGAAGUCAGCUACCGAAAUCUCCGCUCAGUGUUCUAUGAGGACACCGAUGUUAUUCUAAUGUGUUUUGCCGUGGACAGACCUGACUUGCUGCGAAACAUCCUUGCUUUUUGGGUUCCAGAAAUCAAAGCAUUCUGCCCCACAGUACCUAUUAUUCUGGUGGCUACCAAGAUAGAACUAAGGGGUAAUGCAAGUAUUAGGAAGAAACUAAAUGCUCCAGGCAAGGAGCCAAUUAACACUACAGAAGGAAAAGCUUUAGCUGCCAGCUUUGGGGCAUAUGCUUACCUGGAGUGUUCUGCCAAGACAAAAGAGGGUGUUGAUGCAGCCCUGGAGAUUAUUAGCCAAUGUGCAUUAAAUGAGAAAAGGAGGAGAAAGAGGCACUACAGACAUUGCCAAAUUUUGUAA